CCAAAGUGUCCUCAGGAAAUAACACAAGUUUUUGCCCAGCUCACAGUAUUCAAACGGAAUUCUGACAUUUACUCUUGAAAAUAUGGAAGUCGUCAACAUUGGAACGCGGCGAUCGCAACUCGCGAUCGCCCAGGUCGACUCGAUUGUGAAGCACCUGCAGACUUUCGCUCCUGGGCCCGAGUACAGAUCGCAAGUGGUCAGCACAAUGGCAGAUGAGAAUCAAGUCAAGUCAUUCCAAGACUUCAAUGCCAAAAGUAUCUGGACCGAGGAACUGGAGAAACUCUUGAUUGAAAAGAAGUUGGAUGUUAUCGUGCAUUGCUUGAAAGAUGUACCAACAACACUACCAGAAUCCUGCAUCCUAGGCAUCAUCUGCGAACGCGAAGACCCUCGCGAUGUCGUCGUCAUGAAAACCAACUCCCCUCACAAAAAACUCCAAUCUCUCCCCGCAGGCGCCAUCGUCGGCACCUCUUCCGUACGCAGAAAGGCCCAAAUCAUGCGUCACUACCCUCAUCUUAUCUGCGAAGACGUCCGUGGCAACCUCAACACCAGAUUGCGAAAACUGGAUGCUGAGGAUAGUUCAUACGAUUGUUUGAUCCUCGCUGCUGCGGGGUUGAAGCGUAUUGAUCUGGGGUAUCGGAUUACGCAGUAUCUUGGUCCUGAGGAUGGCAUGUUGUAUGCGCCUGGGCAGGGUGCUUUGGCGUUGGAGGUUAGAGAGGGUGAUGAGAAGACUUUAAAGCUGUUGAGUUCUUUGUCGCAUCAGACAACGACAUUGGCGUGUUCUGCUGAGAAGAGUUUGCUCAAGACUCUGGAAGGUGGAUGCAGUGCACCUGUUGGUGUGCAUACUGACUGGGAAGGCGAUGUUUUGGUUUUGCACUCCACCGUUACCAGUCUGGAUGGAAAGCAGAUGGUCGAGAUGAGCAUGAAGCAUGAAGUUACUACUAUCUCGGAGGCAGAAUCUCUCGGAAAAGAUCUGGCAGAUCGCAUGAUAUCACAGGGUGCAAACACAAUUCUGGAAGAGAUCAGAGCAGGCCUCAGAUGAUUGAAAUGGUUUAGAACUCUAUUGAUGUAGUUAAUAUUACAAGACCUAUCUCAACUCUUCUCACGGCAGUUGU